CGUACAGCGGGUCGGCUGGGAGCCGGGAUGGCCGUGUCUGCGGCCCCGGCGGGGGACAGGGGACAGUCACUUCCCGGAAGAGGCAGGGCCGUGUGGGAGAAGGCGCCGAAUUCGAAGUGCUCCCAGGACCUUUCCGGGUCAGGGUGUUAAUCCCUAAACGCCAGUCUUUGGGAAAGCAAAGAGGAAGUUUUCUUCUCCUUUUUUUGUUUUAAGAAGAGAAAAUUCAGGAACUUGGAGGCAGCAAUAGUUAGCACUCAGGCCCAAUUGGUAAAUGACGGAGGGGCGUCUUCCAAAACCAAGGAGAGAGGGUUGUCCCGAUCCUUAAAUGGAGGGCUCGAUCUUUCAUUAUGGCAUCUCCAGCCCCUAGAAGAGUUCCUGGAAAAUAAGCGUUUAAUAAAUAUUCAUUGAUAACAAGUAAGUUACACCUGGGUUAUAUUAUGCUCCAAAUUUAAGCUAAAUUCAUAUGAAAAUAAAACUGAAGAAAUAAUAAAAAAGAGCAUUAGUUAGUGAAAUUAUGUGGUAAAUCCCGCACAAUACAAUCCUGUACUGAAAGAAACUUUACACCAUUUACCAAUCUUUAUGUGAAAAUAUAGUUAUCUAAAUGGGAAUUGGGAAAUUUAAAGUAUUUCCCACUUCACUGUUAAAAGACAAUUCUAAUGUUUUUGCUUAAAACAGGAAAACUGUUGGUUUAAUAAAAUGUGUGUUUUUGCGUAAAUCAAACCACUGACUGCUUUUUAUGUUCUUUAAGUUUGAUUCAUUAGUGGAAUUAGCAAGGUUCUGUGCUUUUCUCACCUCAUUCAGUUUUAUAAUUAACCAAUAAAAGCUUAGUAGCUUUUAAGGAAGUUUUAGGAGCAUAAAUUGAUUUAUGGACACCAUAUGGUUACAUCAAAGGAUUUUUUUGUUUUGUUUUAACCUGCAAUAGAUUCUUAAGCCUUUUCUUUAAACUAGAAAUUCGUGUUCUUUCUACCAAGCAAUAAUAUCUGAAAGAGAGUGAUUUUUUCUUUAAUACCAAGCUACCAAAAUUGGUGAUGAGAUUCAAAGGAUAUCAGAAUCUUGUAAUUCAUCUGGUAAUACUUCUCAGUUUGUAGAUAGGUUAAAUGUCUUCCCAAGGUCAUAGAGCUAGUCAGUGGUAUAUCCAAGACUGAAAUCCUAGGCUUUCUAUCCCAAGUUCAGUGCACUUUCACUAAAAUAAAUAAAUUGAAGCCACUAGUAAGUUAUAAAGUUAUUUGCUAUGGAUUGUCCUGACUUUGUUGAUUCACAUAAGUAUUCUUGUGAAACACUAAUUCUUAAGAAUUGUGAGUAUAUUAGGAGACUCUUCUUUUUAUAUAUAAUAUACAUUGAUUGAAUGAUCAGAUUGGCAUCAAUAAAAUUAUUACAUUAGAAAAGAUAGGAGUAGAGACUCACCAAAUCCCACACCACAGAAAAUUUCAAAUUUCACCAUGUUAAAAUAAGCAAGACAGAAUACAUAGUUUUGAUUGAGUUUGAUAUGUGUAGUAUUUUUAAAUUUUACGUGAUGCUGAGCUAUUUUCAAGUAACCUCAUCAGGUUGAUCAUGACCUCAGGCAAGAACCAUCUGUUCUAUCUUUGAGUGUAGUUGUCCUUGAACAUCUUAAAUGCUGUUGCAUUCUGUCCCUUUUUGGAACUUUAUGUGAUUUUGCAGUCUUACCAUUGCUACUUAAUGUCACUUUGGAGGUGCAAAGAAAGUGACAAAAAAUGGAAAACAAUGGAUCAUGGAAAUAGAUAUUUUGGAUUAACUGCAUUUUUAAAACGUUAUGGUGUCAUUUUUCAUAAAAUACAUGGUUCACAAAACUGUACCCUUUCAGAACUGUUGAGCUAUUCUUUUAAUAUUCUGCUUUCAUGAGUGAUUUCUGAAAGGAACAUGCAUUUUUACACUCAAAGAACUUAGGUUGUAGAUCUACUGAAGAUAAUCAUAAAAGAAUAUUUUAAAAUAAUGUAUUACACUUAGAAUAUGUAAUUUUACAUUAAUAUUCUUUGCAUUUUGUCACUGCUUAUAAGGUAGCACCAUAAAUGAAGAAGUAAAUUAAUUUGUGUCAAACAGGAAUUAUGUCACCUUUAAGGAAAUUCACUAUCCAUUGCCAGAGAAAUGAUAAUUUUAGUGUUUUAGGUUUUUAAGCAAGAUCUCUCUGGCUCCCUCUGGGAGACUGAUUGUGUAGAAGUGGAGGGUAGUACAAAGUGGAAGCAGGGCAGCCAAUGGGGAGACCAUUACCACCGUGUACAGGCAACGCUAGGGGCCUACUGUUAGAAAUGGGGAUUUAGGAGAUAUUUUGGAGAUAGAGGACUUGCUGAUUAAGUUGCUGUUGGAGAGCAAAGUAAAGAGAAAGAGUCAAGAUUGACUGCUAGGUAUAUGGCUUAAGCCACCGGGUAUUUGGGAAAGACUAGGGGUAGAACAGUUUUGAGAAGAGGUGGUGGAAUCAAGAGUUAGGUGUGUAUCAUGCAUCCAUGUGAAGAUAAAGUAGGGGAUUAGAUAUUCCAGUCAAAAGCUUGGAGGAGUUGUCAGAUGAUGUGGGAUAAAUUAGAGGGAAGUGAAGAAAAAUUCCUUCAUUAUAAAGUCUUCAAAGGGAACUCAGCAAUAAUAUCCUCUCCAGUGUAGUCUGUCUUUCUAACUGACUCUAAAAGUAUUCUUUCUAUAAGUCUUUCUGCUCACUUUCCAAUUCCCAUGCCAACCCCUAAUCCUUUGAAUCUUCUUGCUUGGCAUAGUUAUAAUUAUUUUUAGUUAAAAGUUGCGAAGGCUAUAUAAAGUCUUGGCAGUAAUUCAAGAAGGUCUAAUAGAAAUGAAUUAAUGGUAAGUUACUAAGAAAAAAAGAUUCAUUGGGGCGUGUCAUAGAGAAAGACUAGCUCCUAUAAAAAUGUCCCCUUGAUUCCUAUCCUUCAGAGAAAAAAGUGGAAAAAAAGUAUAUUUCAUGAUAGCAUUUCUUUCAAAGAAACAUAGCAGGGCAUUACUGCUUUAUAGGAGUGUGCUUGGGGAGCACAAGAGAGACUAACCUUUUUCAAAUCCAUUUCAUUAGAUAUAUGAUAUAUGUAGGUUAAGGCACCAAAGUGGUUUAAAAGGCUUUGAGAUAGGUUAAAAAAUAUGGUGACCAGAAGGAUUGGCAAUGAGAGACAUUUUUCUAGAAAAUGUCACUUAACUAAGGAAAAGUGGAGAAGAGAACACUAGCUCAGAGACAGUAACUCAAUUUUUGUGUGUGUAUUUGAGGAAGGUUUGCCCUGAGCUAACAUCUGUGCCAGUCUUUCUCUACUUUAUAUGUGGGAUGCCUCCACAGUAUGGCUGAUGAGUGGAGUAGGUCUGCACCCAGAAUCCAAACCCGUGAACCCUGGGCCGCCAAAGCCGAGUCCGCAGAACUUUAACCACUUGGCCACGGGGCUGGCCCCUGUAACUCAAAUUUUGCUUUCUGGGGACUAACAGAUUUCUGUUACAAACUUUUUUUUCUUUUUGCCUAUGUUGUUCAUACCAAUUGUGUUUAAGUAGCCACUGUUACAGCUUUGUAGACUUUGCUCGUAUUAUAAUAAAGGAAGAGCCCAAAUAGAUGGGCUAGGGAGACAUUGCUGGUCACCGUUCAACUACCAGUGCUAGUUGUUCUGUAACAUGACUGCUGAUUCUCUUUCUUUAAACCAGGCUUAUUUCUGACAAAGAAACUAAAAUAAAAUGAAUAAGUAAGUUUUAAGUGGAACGAUCAUGUUCUAUUAAAGAUAUUAUUUAUGGGCUUAGUUAAAAGCCCUCUUCAUCUUGCUUAAGGGAUCCAAUCUGUGGAAAUUUUAAUAUAUUAAUAGAAUCAGUUAUGAGUUUAUUUUUUUCUAGGCAUGGGUACCCCAGUGAAUAAUAUAUUCCAAUAACGUUUUUACAAAAUGAUUCUUGUGGGCUGACCCCACGGCAUAGUAGUUAGGUUCAGUGCGCCCCGCUUAGGCAGCCUGGGUUUAUGGGUUCACAUCCUGGGUGUGGACCCACACCACUCAUCAGUCAUGCUGUGGCAGCAUCCCACAUAGAAAAUAACGGAAGACUGGCACAGAUGUUAGCUCAGGGCUAAUCUUCCUCAGGAAAAAGACAAAAAGAUUCUUUACAAAAUGAUCCUAAUGUGCUUGAAAUAUUUAGAGAACUGCAAUUUGUAAAGUCUACCUCAUCGUGUUUCUCUAAUUUUUUUUUCCCUACAGCCCUCAGAAGGAACACAGUUUAUAUCACAGUCCUGUACGUAAAUGUGUGCUUAUUUGUGCUAUCAUAACAACCCUGCACCAUGUAACGGUCAUCAUUCACUACUACUCAUUUAUAUGUUUUGUCAAUUUACGUAAUGAAGCAUUGGAGAUGUGGUAGGAAGGGUUGAGCUUUAGGGCUGGAAGAGCCAGAGAAAAGAUGCACCUUGCCUGUGACCACAUGACUAGUUCCUAGGCAUUCUGAAGAAAACCAGAAAAUAUGAAUCUCUCAUUCCUUAAAAAGCCAUACUGAAGUCAUUUAAUAUUCAGGUACUUGUAACCUUGUAGAACAUUGCUUUUUAAUCUGACCCAUGAAGUAUAUCCAUAUUUGGUUACUUACUGUUUAGGCAAAAAGUAAACCAUCUAAAGAUUUCUAGUUUAUUUUCCCAAACCUUUAUGUAUAAGACCACAUUUUUUAAACUUAUUUUAAAUUUGAAAAGUAAGACAUGCCUAUGAUUAUUUUAAAAAAUAAUAAACAACACAGAGGAAUAUACUUUGAAGACUAAUUCUUCUCAUUCCUCAGCUUCAGUCAUCCCUAAUGUAUAAACUAUUUUGUACCUGUUUUCAUUUUAAAACUUGGAGACUUUUUUGUCAAUACAUAUAGAUUUGUCCCAUUUUUAUUUGCUGCAUCAUUUAUUCCAUUGUUUGAACGUACUGUAAUUUCUUAAAGAUAUGUCCUUUGUUGAUCCAUAUUUGGUUCCCAGUGUCUUACUAUUAUAAACAAUGCUACAGUGAUUAUCCUUAUAUGUAAAUCUGCGUACACCUAACAGUAUAUCUUAAAAUAAAUUCCUAGAAGAAAUUGCUAAAUAAGAAGAUACCUGCAUUUAAAUUUUGACAGCUAGAGUCAGGGUCACAUUUAAAUGAGAUGAGAUCAGUUCUGAUAAUAUUCCUCCAGAGGGGAAUUUUGUGAUUCCUUCUAUCCCUGCCCUUUCCAGUAUGCAGGGUGAGUCACAAAUAAAAGGAAAGUAAAACUAUCAACAAGAACUUCCUCCUUAAACUUUCUAUUUCUGAAUUUUAAAUGUUCUGAUGGUUGAUACUUUAAAAGUCUUGUUUGCCUUCAUAAUAAUGCCUUAGAAAAGAUAUGCGUCCCCACUCUUUUUCCAGAAUUAACUACAACUUUUCACAUUAACAAAGAGAUAAAACCUUAAAUCUGAAUCUGUGCCACAAUGUCACAUUCAACCCGUGAGACUUCUUGAUGUGAAGUAGACAGUAUUAGCACUGAGCCACUGUUAACGUUAAUGGUGCUUUCGUCUUUGUAUUUAAAUCUGUUUUUCUUUGUAAAGUGACAUAUAUGCAAAUAUUUGUGCACUUCUUCAUAAAAAAUGAAUGCACAAAAUGAUACUUAUGGUGGCAUUGGCUGCAGUAUAAAAUUGAUUCAGAAAAGCACAAAGAACAUGACAGCAACACUUCUAGCAUUUAUUUUUUUUGUAGCCAUGUACAAUUUGAGGAAAUCACUUUUAGUGUGGGCUCUGUUAAGGGAAACAGACAAUACAGUACUUUUUAUUUAGAUUGGUUUUGCAUCAUGGUGAUAGCUUAUGACUUCAUAUUUUUUGUAUCCUAUCUUGUGUUUUUGGAAUGAAUUAAAGGUCAUUAUUUAGAGGAUGAUAAUCUGGAUUAUAUUUGUAUAGUCAAACUGAAUCUUAAUUGCAAACACAACACAAUAUUUUCGUCAAAUAAUAACAAAGGAAAAGAAAAACAGAUAUAUAUGUUUAAUAAAGAAAAACUGCCCUACAGAAAAUACCAAAGCAGGAUACAAUCGCAGAGUUUAAGCCAAUUUCGUUUUUAAAAUGUCAUGUACAUAGAAAAGAAUUGAACAUUAGUUUUCUUUGGAUGGUAGGACUAUAGGUGAUUUUUAAAGUUUUUUUCCUUGAAAAGAUUUUUUAUUUUUCCACAACAAACAUGUGUGACCUUGUAAUUUAAGAAGUCAGUGCUCUUUUAAAAAGAUAAUUCCAUAUUCUUCCAACUCUCCAUUUUCUGUCUCCAUCAAAGUUUGCCUUCGUCAACCCCUUGUUUUUUUCUUUAGUUUGCUUAUCUGCAUGCUUCCUUGCUUUUGUUGUUUUUUCUGAUUAUAAAAGAAGACUAGUCCUAUUCUCUUUAGUACGUAAAUCAAGAAGUGAAUUCUGAAGAAGACAAACAAGACUUACAGCAUCCCUGGGUUUUCUACCCACCUCUGCAUUUGUUAGCUCUUAUUAUUAGCUGGAACAAAGUCAAUUACCACCAUAUAUUUUUUUUUUUGUAAUGUUUUCCCUUUCCAAAUUUCAUGCAAUAUUAAUGUAACCAUGUGAAAAGUUUUAUUCUUGGCCACUGCUAAGGAGAACUUAGAAGAAGAAAGAAUGAGGAGAAACGAGACCAUUAACAUUUGAGUUUCAUUAACUUUAAAAAUAACUUUAUUUUUCAGUACUAUAGAGAAACCCAUGUUUGGUGACAUCAGUGGAUUUUAGGGACAAAUUUAGCAUGCUACAAUCUGAAGAUAACUUAAUCCAUUAGUUGCAUUAGUGUUUUUGUAGCCGGUAGGUCAGUUACCACCAUUUUUAAUGUUUCAGGUGUUCUUGGUUCAUUUAGAAAAGCUGACAAAUGAAAGAAAUCAGGAGAAUCUUCUAUUUAUGAAUUAUCCUAAACUAGCUUAUAAUAUAUUGUUUGUAUUCCUGUUCUGAGCUUCUGUGUGUUUUAAAAUUUUUUGGAAAGUGUGUUUCAAAUAAGCGCAGUUAAUCACCAGAAUGGGAGUGAAUGACUUGUGGCAAAUUCUGGAGCCUGUUAAGCAGCACAUCCACUUGCACGGUCUUGCUGGGAAAACCAUUGCAGUUGAUCUGAGCCUCUGGGUAUGUGAAGCACAGACAGUCAAAAAAAUGAUUGGAACAGUCUUGAAGCCCCACCUCAGGAACUUAUUUUUUCGUAUCUCAUAUUUAACGCUAAUGGAUGUAAAACUGGUGUUCGUUAUGGAAGGGGAACCCCCAAAGCUGAAAGCUGAUGUCAUAAGCAAGAGGAAUCAGAUUCGGUACGGGCCUUCUGGAAAAACAUGGUCUCAGAAAACAGGAAGAUCACAUUUUAAAUCAGUCUUAAGAGAGUGUCUUGACAUGCUGGAAUGCUUAGGAAUUCCCUGGGUCCAAGCUGCUGGGGAAGCUGAAGCCAUGUGUGCAUACCUCAAUGCCAGUGGCUACGUAGACGGCUGCCUCACCAAUGAUGGAGAUGCUUUCCUUUACGGGGCCCAGACUGUUUACAGGAAUUUCACUAUGAAUACCAAGGACCCACAUGUUGACUGUUAUACAAUGUCAUCUAUCAAGAGUAAACUAGGUUUGGAUAGAGAUGCUCUGGUUGGACUAGCAAUACUGCUUGGCUGUGAUUAUCUUCCAAAGGGAGUUCCUGGAGUUGGAAAAGAGCAAGCGUUAAAACUAAUACAGAUUUUGAAAGGGCAAAGUUUACUUGAAAGGUUUAAUCAGUGGAAUGAAAAAUCUGGUUACUCUAAUCCACAACCACAAGUCAUUAAAAAACUGGCUCAUUGCUCUGUGUGUUCCCAUCCAGGUUCACCUAAGGAUCAUGAGCAUAAUGGAUGCAAAUUAUGUAAAACUGAUCGAUAUUGUGAACCACAUGAUUAUGAAUACUGUUGUCCCUGUGAGUGGCACCGUACAGAACAUGACAGGCAGCUGAAUGCAGUAGAGAAUGGUAUUAAGAAAAAAGCUUGCAGUUGUGAAGGAUUCCCAUUCCCUGAGGUUAUUCAAGAAUUCCUUUUGAACAAGGAUAAAUUGGUGAAGGUAAUCAGGUACCAAAGGCCUGAUUUACUGUUGUUUCAGAGAUUUACUCUUGAAAAAAUGGAGUGGCCCAAUCACUAUGCAUGUGAGAAAUUGUUGGUGCUUUUAACCCGCUAUGACAUGAUAGAAAGAAAGCUUGGUAGAAGGAACUCUAAUCAAUUACAGCCAAUUCGAAUUGUUAAAACCCGAGUCAGAAAUGGAGUUCAUUGCUUUGAAGUAGAAUGGGAAAAGCCUGAACAUUAUGCUAUAGAAGAUGAAUAUGGAGAAUUGGUUCUGCAAACAAUAGAAGAAAAAUCAUUGUUUGAGGCAGCUUACCCUGAGAUUGUUGCUAUUUACCAGAAACAGAAAUUAGAAAUUAAAGGGAAGAAACAAAAAAGCAUGAAAAUUAAACCUAAAGAAAACAAUUUGCCAGAACCAGAUGAUAUGAUGAGUUUUCACUCACACAUGACUUUAAAACCCACAUGUGAAAUCUUUUCUAAGCAGAGUUCCAAGUUACGUUUGGAAGUUUCCCCUGAUUCUACAUUAUCCCAGAAAUCUAUUUCUGCAUCAUUGAAUAGCUUGCUUUUACCUGAAGAUGCUCCCUGUUUGAAUACACAACAACAGUUAAUGUCUUCUGCAAGACCUUUGGUUAUGCAGCAAAUUAAAGCUGUCAGUAAAUCUCUAAUUUCAGAAUCUAGUCAACCCAGUACCUCUUCUCAUAAUAUGUCGGCAAUUGCUGAUCUACACUUGAGCACCAUUGACUGGGAAAGUACUUCUUUUAGUAAUUCUCCAGCUAUUCCAAGGAACACUUUCUCUCAUGGUUUGAAAUCAGAGCUUGAAACAGCCAUCCCUGAUAGCUUUAAAAAUAUCCCAGGACAAUUGUCAUGUGAAUCAGAGCAGAACACCACAAACAUCAGUAAAGUGUUGGAUUGGGAUCUUCGAAAGUCUAAUCCUGAAGAGCAUCUACUUUCUGGCAUUACUGAUUUACAUCUUCAGGAUUUGCCUUUAAAGGAACGAAUACAAGUAAAAUCAUCAUAUCCUCAGGAGAAUAUACAACCAGAUGUUGACCUAAAAACUUUAUCCCUACUUACUGUAAAAGAAGCUUGUAUUGCUAACAGUAGUUCUGAUUAUCUGUCACAUCUUUCAAAGGAUAUUCUAGGAAUUCACUUAGAAAAUGAAUCUAGAAACUCUAAAGUUCUAAAAGGAGACCAGCUGUUUCAAGAAAACUAUGAAGUGAAUACUUCUAUACCUUAUUCUAUCAAUAACCCAGUAGUAAAGACCUCCAGUGUUAGAGGUGGACUACCAAAUACUGCCUUAGAUCAUAGUAGAAAAGUUGAUGUGCAAACCACUCAGAAAAUUGUGAUGAAGAAAAGCGUUUGCCUUGAUAGACAUUCCUCUGAUGAAGAAAAUGUCCCAGUGUUUGAGAAAGCUAAGUAUACAACUCACAAAAUGAAGCACAAUUCUCAGAAGCAUAACUCAGCCCAGUUCAAGAAAAAUGAUGUCAACAAAUUAACUAACUCUAAGAUACAUAUUAAAGAAACUGAACAGUGUGUCCAGGCUUAUAAAACAGCUGGAAAUGAAGAAAACUGUUUCCCAGUGGCAGAGAAAGAGUCUCUGAAUUUUCCACAGUGUCAUAAGGAAAAAGAAGACUCUGGUGCUUGUUCGGAUAGUCCUCUCCCUUUAUGUCAGAGAUUAAAACUGAGGUUCCAAAACACUUGAAAUGAAAUUAAAAAUAUUUAAGUAUAACUUAGUAUUCUAGUACAAUCGACAUUGGCAGAGGCAGAGGCAAGGUGUCUAGUUAAUGUUUGGUAGAAAAAUGUAAUGUGGUUCUAUAUGUCACGAGACGCUUUUGCCUAAAAUUUUAAUCAAAAUUGUAAUAAAAAAUGAUACGUAAAA